AGAAGCGCGUUCGGUUUCCAUCGAAAGGACAUCCAUGUGCGAUGUAUCUUAUGAUUGUUUUGGAUGACAGGUUCCAUUCUUUUUCACACUUUUAUCCAUAAAGGUAACUUGCAUAUAAGGUAUCAUGUGUAGCUCUUUAGAGGUCUUUUUAUCCAGCGGUGGUUAAACAGGAUCAUCUAAUAAUGUGAGAGAUUUUCCAAGACUCUGGGAUGAUGCAUCGUCUGAUAUCACGUUACCGAUGGCACACCUUCGGGGUGAGGUGCUCUUCCACCUCAGUGAGACCCAAAACUCAUCAGGGCUCAGAUCAGACUCGUCUGAACCCGCUCAACAUCCAGAUGCUCUCCAGGAACCUGCAGGAGCAAAUCUUUCGAGGCCAGAAGCAGGAAUACACAGAAGACGACAUCGAGCGCAGCAUCAAACAUCUGGAGCAACACAAACUCUGGGGAAAAGAUGCAGAUCUGUUACCUGAUGUAGAACUCAAAUUACCCCACAUGUACGGUGAUGACAUUGACGGACACUUUCGCACCCUUGCCCAAAAGCAGAGCCUUCCUUACCUGGAUGCAGCCAGUCAGCUUCAGGGCGCACGGCUGCCAGACAUGCCCAAGGAAUGGGCUUGGGAAGUGGGCUGGAUGAGAUAUGGAGAGGAUGGAGAACGCAACAGGGUGGAUUUCCCAUGUGAGAAUGCGCUUGUGUUUGAUGUGGAAGUCUGUAUGGAGGAGGGACAUUUUCCCACGCUGGCUGUGGCGGUUUCUCCAAAUGCCUGGUACUCGUGGUGCAGUAAGAGGUUGAUAGAGGACAGGAACACCUGGUCCAAUCAGCUCACGCUGGCCGAUCUUAUUCCUUUGGAAACGCCUGCAAACUCCAUCAGACCACUGGGCGGCGAGUGGCAGGAGAGGCUUGUGGUUGGACACAAUGUGAGCUUUGAUCGGGCGCACAUUAAAGAGCAGUACUUGCUAAAGGGCUCCAAGUUGCGAUUUCUGGACACUAUGAGUCUCCACAUGGCUAUCUCAGGAUUGACAGGAUUUCAGCGCUCUCUCUGGAUGGCUAGCAAGUACGGCAAGAGAAAAGGCCUGCAGGAAGUUAAGGAGCACAUGAAGCGACUCGGGCGGCGUCCAGAGGGUCCGAAGAUUGGAUCAUGGGAAUGGGUUGAUAUCAGCAGCAUUAAUAACCUUGUUGAUGUCCAUGCUCUCUACGUCGGGGGAGAGCCGUUGAAGAAAGAAGCUCGAGAUAUUUUCGUGAAGGGCAGCAUGUAUGAUGUGAGGACCAACUUUCAGGAGCUGAUGCAGUAUUGUGCUUUUGAUGUUCUGGCCACCCAUGAGGUCUUCAAUCAGCAGCUGCCUUUGUUUUUAGAGCGGUGUCCUCACCCAGUGACACUGGCAGGUAUGCUAGAAAUGGGCAUGUGCUACCUUCCUGUCAAUCAGAACUGGGGGCGGUACUUGGAAGAUGCUCAGGAGACAUAUGAAGUGCUACAGAGGGAGAUGAAGAAGUCAUUGAUGAAUUUGGCUGACGAUGCUUGCCAGUUAUUAGAGGACGAUCGAUACAAAGACGAUCCCUGGCUAUGGGAUUUGGAUUGGAAAGUUAAGCAGAAGAAAAUCCCUGCGAGUAAGAAAAAAGCCAAAAAGGAGGCAGAAACGACAGCAGCACCAGCAAAAGACCCCGGUCCACCUUCAGAAGAGGAGGCAAAUGCUAGAGGAUUAGUCGAGAAAGUAAAUGAGACCGUCAGUAGGAGACAGCAGUUACCUGCCCGCCCUGGAUGGUACCGUAAGCUGUCUGUGAAGAUGUCUGAAGAGAACGAUUGGAGUCCUGUAGCCAGUCUGAUCAGUGUACAGAUGAGGGUCACACCCAAACUCAUGGGUCUCACCUGGGACGGCUAUCCACUACAUUACUCCAGCAAGCACGGCUGGGGUUACCUUGUAACGGGGCGCAAAGAUAACCUGGAAAUUUUAGAAGACAGUGAGGGGCCUGUAUGUCCCUAUAGAUCAAUUGAGAAAGUCUAUAACGAAUACUGUGAGAGUAAAGGAAAGGAACAGACACAGAGUCAGGACAGCUGGUAUUCUGAUGACAUCAUGUUGAAGGAUAGCGCCGUAUGGCAGAAGGUUGAAGAAAUUAGUCGUUUGGAGGUAUCAGAUGAUGAAGUGCAGAGGACAGCAUCCCCACCCAAGAGGUUAAAGAUUGUUCAAAAUGGAAAUAGCGAGUGCCCUUAUCAUAAUGGAAAUGGACCAUACAGUGAUGUCAACAUCCCCGGCUGUUGGUUUUUUAAACUGCCUCAUAAGGACGGGAAUGAGAACAACGUGGGAAGCCCGUUCUCUAAAGACUUCCUGUCCAAGAUGGAGGACGGCACGCUUCAGGCGAGGCGGGGGGGCUCGAUUGGCACACGGGCCCUGGAGAUCAACAAGAUGAUUUCCUUCUGGAGGAAUGCUCAGAAACGCAUCAGCUCCCAAAUGGUUGUAUGGCUCAGGCGAAGAGAGCUACCACGCACUGUCAGCACACAUGAUGAUUACGAUGUGGAAGCACAAUAUGGAGCUAUUUUACCUCAGGUCAUCACGGCUGGAACGGUCACACGCAGAGCCGUAGAGCCGACGUGGCUGACUGCCAGCAAUGCUCGGAAAGAUCGCGUGGGCAGUGAACUAAAGGCCUUGGUACAGGUGCCACCUGGUUAUCAUCUGGUAGGAGCAGAUGUGGACUCUCAAGAGUUGUGGAUCGCUGCCUUGCUGGGCGAAGCUCACUUUGCUGGGAUGCAUGGCUGCACUGCAUUCGGAUGGAUGACACUCCAGGGAAAGAAGAGUGACGGCACAGACCUGCACAGCCGCACCGCGGAUGCUGUCGGUAUCAGCCGCGAGCACGCCAAGGUCUUCAACUACGGCAGGAUUUAUGGGGCCGGACAGCCGUUUGCAGAGCGACUGCUCAUGCAGUUUAACCAUCGCUUGAGCCAACAGGAAGCAGGCAGCAAAGCUCGACAGAUGUAUGCCCUUACUAAAGGACUGCGCAGGUAUUAUCUGUCUGAGGAAGGUGAGUGGUUGGUGAACGAGUUAAACAUAGACGUGGAAAGUGAUGAAGAUGGUGCCAUCUCGCUGCAGGAGCUACGCAGGAUCUCAAAACUUGCAGCUCAAAGUACCCGCAGGAAGAGGAAAUGGGAUAUAGUAGGGAAGCGCGCGUGGGGCGGGGGCACGGAGUCAGAGAUGUUUAAUAAAUUAGAAAAUAUCGCCCAUUCUGAUGAACCAGCAACUCCAGUACUGGGCUGCAAGAUCUCCAGAGCUUUGGAACCUUCUGCUGUUAAAGAUGAGUUCAUAACCAGCAGGGUGAACUGGGUGGUGCAGAGUUCAGCCGUUGACUACCUUCAUCUCAUGCUGGUGGCCAUGCGGUGGCUAUUCGAGGAACACAACAUUGACGGGCGCUUCUGCAUCAGCAUACACGAUGAGGUGCGUUACCUGGUGCGCAGUGAGGAUCGCUACAGAGCUGCACUGGCACUACAAAUAACAAACCUGCUGACCAGGUGUAUGUUUGCUUAUAAAGUGGGAAUGAAGGAUCUGCCCCAAUCAGUGGCUUUCUUUAGUACCGUGGAUAUCGAUAAGUGCUUACGAAAGGAGGUCACCAUGGAUUGCGUGACCCCAUCGAACCCCACAGGAGUGGAGAAAAGAUACGGACUACCACAAGGUGAGGCCUUGGAUAUCUACCAGAUUCUAGAGAUAACCAAAGGAUCUUUGGCCAAAGAAAAACAACGAAAAAUAAAAACCAACACAUCUGCAAGAUAAAACGACGGAUGAACAGACGUCUCAAACAAUCCGGAAAAAAAC